AAGAGCUAGCUAGUCCAAGUGCUGUCGGGUAGCAUAUGGCGGAGAGUGUUUUCCCCAGAGUUUGUGUAGAGAAUAAAAAAGUCCCUGUGAUUGUGUGAAGAUGUCUAAAGUCCAAAUGCUGAAUGCGUUGGUGAAGCAGCGACUAACCGCGGCUGUUGAAGAGAUAUUUGGGCUGUUUGAGAGAACGAUAGCCGAGUACGAGGAGGAACGGUGUCGGUCGAAAGAGGAGAACGAGCGACAACGGAAACUUCUGGACGCUGUUUUCAACCCUAAGCUUCAGUUACGCAGGACAGAUGUCCAUCAGCUGUCGGCGAGUAAAGACAUCGAGAGAAGCAGUCUUCAAGGGCUGGAGGGGGCUGACAUCACCAAGUUGCCAUUAAAUUUACAACAACAUACCGAAAACCAGAUUGGAGACUCUUCUGAACCUGCACCGGGUGACAGUGGUGGCUGUAGGGUGACCAGAGCAGCUCGGUCAGGUUUAAAGUCUUUGGAGAAGGAUGACGUUCCUGUCAGUGAUACCAGGCGUCGUACUGGUUGGAAACAAUUUAGCUGCUCAAAGUGUACCAAAAGUUUUAUUGUCAAGUCGUCUCUGAAGAGACACAUGACAACACACAUAGUAGGGAAACCUUUGGAGGACUGUGAAGGACCAGAACCAGCCAGGAACUUGGAUCCAGACAGACAUCCAGAACCAAAAACUGAUGACAAGACUGGAGACUCUUCUGAACCUGAGACUGAUGACAGUUAUGAGUGGAAGAAUACCAGAGAAGCUCAGUCAGGUUUAAACUCUUUGGAAAAGAAUGGUGUUCAUGUCUGUCAUUCGAGUUGCAGUAGGCCUGCUUGUCAGAAACCAUUUAUCUGCUCUGAGUGUGGCAGAAGAUUUGGCUGCAAGUCACAUCUGAAGGGCCACAUGAUUAUCCACACAGGACAGAAACCUUUCAGCUGCUCAGUUUGUAAAAAAUCUUUUGCACGGAAUGAUUAUUUGCAGUUACACAUGAGAACCCACACAGGAGAGAGACCUUUCAGCUGUGCAUUUUGUAUUAAAUCUUUUGCACGGAAUGAUUAUUUGCAGUUACACAUGAGAAUCCACACAGGAGAGAAAAGAUUCAGCUGCAGUGUUUGUGACCAGAGAUUCACUUGGCUUCAUCAGUUCAGAAACCAUCAGCGUGUGUGUUGUCAGCCCUCACAGCUUCAUCAAAGACAAACUGAACAGAUGGAAACCGAAGCUGAUGGAGAGGACUGUGGAGGACCAGAACCAGCCAGGAAAUCAGAUCCACAUAGACGUCCAGAACCAAAAACUGAGGACCAGACUGGAGACUUUUCUUAACCUGAGACUAAUAGACAGUAAUGAUUAGGAGACCACCUCAGCCAGGUUUAAACACUCAACAUAAUAAUGAAAUCCUAGUGCCAGACACUUAUUAUUGCCAAAAAAUAGUUGAGCUUCUACUAGUGAGGAAGGAGAUUUUUCCGCAGAACAGAGAUACAAGACUACAGGCCUACUAUCAACUCAGGGGACAAUCUGCAGUCACAUGUCCAAGCGGGAUUUCCAAAGCAGCGGCAGAAAAACUGCUGGUACAAAUGAAACAGAAACAGAGGAUUAAGGGUAACAACCAUUUGUUUUCAACCAGGACCCCAUUUUACCAUGCAUUUAUGUCUAAUAGACCGAUGGUACCAUAAACUAAGCUACAGAAAUUGUGAGUUUGUGUUGCCUAAAAGAUUUUCAAUGCCAUAGCUCAAUAUUGAAAUUUUGCCAAUGUGGAUGAGGUUGUUAUGGUUCGAUGACCACCUGUAUUCAUUUGAGCCAGAGUAUAGGCUAUGGAAGAAGUAUACGGAUAAAGAGCGGACAAGGGAAGAGAGAGAGAGAGAGAGAGGCUGCAGAUGCUCAGUGUUUGUGCGGUCAUUAGGCUAUAACACACCCAGGGUUUUAUGUUCUCUAAAAGAUUUUCAAUAAAAACAGUGGUUCAUAUUUUCUCAUGUCUCACAGCCCUUUUGAUUAGAGAAGGAAAUCCUGACUUGUUAACAAAGCGUUGGGUGCAAGGUUUAGUCACCCAACUUUUGUAUUCAUGAAAAAAGACAAAAUUUCAACUCGGCUUGUUUGGUUUAUAUUUUUCCAUGUAGCUCUUAGUCUCGGCCCCCAUUCCUAGCAGAUGGGUGUGACCCAGAGGCGAUUUCUUUAAGACUGCAACGGAAGCUCACCUUCCUCUAAAAUGUCAAAAAAUUAAUGGUCAAAUAUGUACUAAUGUGUUAACAUUUUAUUGGCUAAAAAUGAGCUGGAAUGCGUUCAGCCUAAGAUUGAUUUAUGCAAAAGAUAGGUCAAAAUAAGAGGUAUUAUUAGCUCACCUUAUAUGACAAGGUUAGCUGGCUGACUGGAAGUACUGUGGCAAAUAAAGUGUACCGCUGGCCAUGCCUCUUGAUGAAAUCAUCUCAUGGAUAUCAUGAAGUUAUUAGUGCUGUCAAACGAGUCAAAUAUUUAAUUGCAUUCAUGUCAGUUAACUCAAUUAAUUGCACAUUUAUCUAUUCUAAAUUUCCCUUAAUUUCUAUUUGUCCUGGUUCCUACACUGGGUUAUCCUCCUGCUAGCGUUAGCAGCCAACAGGCUUACACAGGGUAAGUUUUAAUCUUGAUUUUAUCCUCACAACAUGUUUGAAAUGUCAUUAAGGGCCUACUCAUGUGCACUGAUUCCUUCUGAGGGAACACAGCGAAUCUGACUGCUGCAGAUAUGACAGAAAGGCAUAAAAAUUGUGUUAAUCCAUAACAUAACACACUUUAGUGUUAGACUUUACUAACUACGUGUUUGUUGAAUUUCUGAAGAAAGAGGUUUGGGUCCAAUGGAAAAUAUACACAAAGAUUUAUUAUUAAAAAAAUAAGACAAAGCACGAAGAAUUACGUUACAGCGGGCUAGAAAUAGGGUCUUCACCCAAAAGUUUUACAUCUAUAUUUCUUGUUUCCCUCCCUCCUAUAUUCCUAUUAGCCCAGGGGCGGUUACUUUUCACCCUCAUGAGUAAAACCCAUCCUUAUUGGCUCUUUGCUGGCAUGGUUUCUUCGCUGUCCAAUGAGGAAGGACAUGCUCUAACUCUGCCCCUUUGGGGUCAUUUUUGGACACAGAUCAAAAGGUUGUUAUCAUGUAAGCGAGAAGUUCUAACAGAAAUACAGUUAAUCAACAUUCUCUUCUCUUAGCCUAGUGUAAGCCACCAGGGGGUCUGAGACAGAAGGUUACUUCCUGUUGUGAAGCAAUCAUUUUUUUCUAUAAAUUAGUUUUCAGUUCUAAUCUAUUUGGCAGAGCCAGAAGAAGAGAGGGGUAAAUGAGAGACAAAAGGGCCAUGUUGAUCUACUCUUCACUGAGACCAAAGAUAGUUAUAAUAACUCUAUAAUAACUUUUCCACUGUGCAUCACAGACACUAACAGAAUGUCACACUCUGCUCUCUUUAAUUGUAAAGGCAGUUUUUUUAUUUCUUGACCCAGGCUUUUGGACUUAACUGAACAGAGUGCUGCACAAGUGCUUUAAGCUUUAUAUGUUAAGCUAUAUUUUUAUAUUGUGGUUUGUUUCAACCAUUUCUACUGCAAUUAACGUGGCACUAGAGAUUUAACUCCUUUUUAUUAUACAGACAUGUCUUGUGACAGUUAAGUUUGCCUUUACAUUGACCCACAGCAGUGUUAUGUGUGGAAUUUACACUGGAUUGUAAAAGGUGAACUACAUUAUCUAAUUGAAUUUUUAACAAUCUUAGAAAUA